UACAGGGUGGUGCGUACGCUGAUUACAGGACUGCUGGUGUGAUUUGAAGGGGAUGCUGGGCAGGAAGCUGCUUACUGAGGCUGAAUCAGUGUGAGAAAUACGCGCAGCAUCAGGGAGGAGCGCUCCCUCAAAAACGAGCGGCUCUGUGGCGUAAUGUAACAGACCAGACCGAGAGGAGCGGCGAGCAGACAGCAACGGGGAUUUAAGGAACUGCAACUCCGGGAAGAGGCCCGAGCAAGGCAGCUAUAAAGCCUCAGCCCAGAGCCACAUUGUCUGUGCAUGGACAGUGCAGGCACCCAUGGCAUCACAGGAGCUCGUGGAUGCGAGAGACUCAGCCGCUGAUAAUACGAACCCAGGAAUGGAGGGUGCCGCGGUGCCCAACGGCGGUAAAACUUGCCCCGUCCAUGCAGCGGGUGGAGAGGAUACAAAGAGGGGCUUUCGGAAAGGCAUAGGCAGGCAUAAUGAUUACGUCAAGAUCUCCCUGCCGGAGUCCAAGGUCAAUCGUCUGCCUAUGGAGUGGUGGAAGACAAUAAUCGCUUUCUUUUAUGCUGGUUUUAAUUUGGUCCUGACAACAGUUGUAAUCACAGUGGUCCACGAGAGGGUUCCGCCCAAAGAAAGCAGCCCGCCCCUCCCUGAUAAGUUCUUUGACUAUGUUGACAGAGUCAAGUGGGCAUUUACAGUAACAGAGAUCAAUGGGAUGGUGCUGCUGACCAUUUGGUUGAUACAGCUGUUCUUCUUUAGAUACAAGUCAAUAGCGUGUAGACGGUUCUUCUUCCUCAUUGGCACCCUGUAUUUGUACCGCUGUGUCACUAUGUAUAUUACCACCUUGCCUGUACCUGGCAUGCACAUGACCUGCGCUCCGAAGCUUCACGGAGACGCCCAUGCGAAAAUUCAACGAGUCCUGCGGCUGAUUUCAGGUGGAGGGCUUUCCAUUACAAACUCCCAUCUCCUGUGUGGAGACUUUCUUUACAGUGGGCACACUGUGAUGCUCACGCUCACCUAUUUGUUCAUUAAGGAGUACUCGCCGCGGUCCUUUUGGUGGUACCAUCUCGUUUGCUGGCUCCUGAGUGCUGUGGGCGUGGUGUGCAUCUUGGUGGCUCAUGAGCACUACAGUGUGGAUGUGGUUGUGGCAUAUUUUAUCACCUCCCGUCUGUUCUGGUGGUACCACACCAUGGCUAAUUUACAGACCCUGAAGUGCUCACCCAAUAACUACCUCACCAACACCUGGUGGAACCCACUCUUUAACUUCUUGGAGAGGAACGUCCAGACCGCCGUGCCGUGUUCAUACAGUUGGCCCAUCGCCUGGCCUCCUUCCUGCCUGAAGAAUCCCUGUAAGAAGUACUCCAUGGUACAGAGCACACGAGAGGAGUAAUAUGACCCGGAUAUGGCAGCAGUGUUGCUCGAUAAUCCACCGAGGUGGUAUUCAUUCAUCAAAGUCUUGCCUACUGGGCAGAAACAUUGAUACCAAAUGUGUAGAUACGAGUAUGUCUAAGAAGAUAAUCAUACGAUCUCUGUUUGUUGUCACUGUGAUUUAUUUAUAAGAUCAAGUCCUGUAAGUUGUUUUUUUCCCGUAAAUGAUAAAGUUGAUUUUGCUUCUGGUCAAUUUCUUUUGAUAAAUGGACAGUUUUAUGAUGCCUACUUGCAGUUUUGUUGCAGUAUUUCAUUUGGUAUAUGUACAUUUUGUCAGGGUUUCUCUCAUUGUGAUAUUAAUGUGCUCAAGUCACAAGGUGCCUUAGUUUGUUAAACGUCUAUAGGUGUACCAAAGCUGCCAUUAUCAGUCUAGAUAUAUUUGGGGGGGGGGUUUCUCUAUUAUUAUUAAUUUUGUAUUAAUUUAAGUAGCAUUGACUGUGUAUCCCAGCUGUAGUCCUAUCAUUGUAACUUUGUAUUAAAAUGUACCCAAAGCA